AUGCAGGCCUGGAAGAAUUUUAGUGCGGCCCUCCCCGCCGUCGACGUGUCCAACGUCUCCAAAAACUUCCGCAACACUGUCCAGGCCACGCGUGAGCGUCUAGGCAGUGUCGACCCGGAGAGUAUCACCGAACUGCCGGCCGAGUAUAAGGCGCUCGAGUCACGUGUCGACGCGCUCAAGGAUGUACACCAGAAGCUCCUCAAGAUUACCAAGGUGUACGAGACCGAGUCGUACGACUACCCCUCCGACCUGGCCGAGAACCUCUCCGAGGUUGGGCACCAGGCCCAGGCGGCCUGGGCGUCAUUUGCCGCCAAGAACCUCAAGAACUCGCCCCUACCCGUGCCGGCUGAGAAGGCACCUGUCGAGCACCUCCCCAAGACGCUGCCGCAUGCUCUUAGCCGUGCCGCCGCCGCUGGUGCGGGCCAGCUGACGUCCGAGGACCGCCUCGGUGCGGCGCUGGGCACGUAUGCCGUCGCUGAGCAGAAGAUCGGCGAGGCGCGCCUUAUGCAGGACCAGAUGAUUGUCGAGCGCUUCGUCAACCCCUGGCAGGCGACGCUGUCCACCUCGAUCGGGCUGGCGAUGAAGGCGCGCGCCAAUGUCAAGACUGCGCGACUUGAGCUCGACAGCGCGCGCGGCGUGCUCAAAACGGCUGGCCCGACUAAGCAGGAGCAGGCUCGACUCCACGUCGAGGAGGCCGAGGACAAGCUCGUGCAGGCGACUGAGACGGCUAUUGGCCUCAUGAAGGCCGUCCUCGAGAACCCUGAGCCCCUCCAGAACCUUUCGGCGCUCGUCAAGGCCCAGCUCAUCUACUUCUCCACCGCUGCUGAGGCCCUCUCCGGCAUCGAGAGCCAGAUCGACGAGGCGGCGGCCGCGGCCGAGGCCGAGUACCGCACGUCGCGCGGCGCCUAA